AUGCUCACGUUGAUGUCCUAUGACCGCUAUGUUGCCAUCUGCCUGCCCCUGCGCUAUGACGUCAUCAUGGACGUCAGAACCUGUGUCCAUGGACUCAUAGGCCUCUGGGUCACUGGGACCAUUGGUGGAGUCAUACAUACGGUAGCUACUUUCUCCAUCCGCUUCUGUGGCCCCCGCAUCAUUCACCAGUUCUUCUGUGAUGUUCCCCAGAUCCUGAAACUGGCCUGUUCUAAUGACUACAUCUAUGAGCUCGCUGCCUUUGAGUACUUAAAAUCUCAUUCAGAUUCUCCAACUGUGUCAGACAUUCUGCUCACUAUUAUGUAUACAGUAGUUCCACCAACAUUCAAUCCAAUCAUCUACAGCCUGAGAAAUAAAGCCAUAAAAGAAUUUGGGGAAGACUGCAUCCACUCAGGACCUGUGAUUUGCAACCAACAUCUGUUAGAAGUUAAGAACACUAUGACUAAUUUCACGACAAGUGGGUUUCUCCUCAUAGGAUUUUCUACCAAGCCUGAGCUAGAAAUCUUCUAUGCUUCUCUGUUCCUAGUUCUGUACGUAUUGGCUUUAGCUGGCAACAUGCUCAUCAUCACCACCACGUCCCUGGAUGACAGUCUCCAGUCCCCCAUGUAUUUCUUCCUGAAGCAUCUCUCCAUUUUGGAUCUCUGCUACAUUUCUGUGACUGUCCCAAGGUUCAUCUACAACUCUUUCUUGCACAGAGGAGACAUUUCCUUCUGGGAAUGUGUUUUUCAGUGCUUUGUGUUGACCCUCUGUGCGGGUGCAGAGACGGCCAUGCUCACGUUGAUGUCCUAUGACCGUUACGUGGCCAUCUGCCUGCCCCUGCGCUAUGAUGUCAUCAUAGAUAUCAGAACCUGUGUCCAUGGAGUCACUGGUGUCUGGGUCAGUGGGGCCAUCUGUGGAGUCAUGCACACCACAGCUACAUUCUCCAUCCGCUUCUGUGGCCCCCGCAUCAUUCACCAGUUCUUCUGUGAUGUUCCCCAGAUCCUGAAACUCUCCUGCUCCAAUGACUAUAUCAGUGAAGUGGGUGUCUCUGUCUUUGUGGCUUUUAUGGCUUUUCUUAGUUUAACCUUUAUUGUAUUUUCCUACAUUCACAUAUUUUCUUCUGUGCUGAGGAUGCCAUCUGCUGAGGGCAGAGCCAAGGCCUUUUCCACUUGCCUUCCCCACCUCGCUGUUGUCAUAUUGUUUCUUUCUACAGGUGCCUUUGAAUACUUCAAAUCUCAUUCAGACUCUCCAACUGUGUCAGACAUUCUGCUCACUAUUAUGUAUACAGUAGUUCCACCAACAUUCAAUCCAAUGAUCUAUAGCCUAAGAAAUAAAGCCAUUAAGUCAGCUGUAAGAAAGGUUUUUAAGAAAAAUAAAGCAUAUCUGUGUUGA